AUGGAUCCUGGACGAUCAGCCCAUCCCCCCAAAGCCCCCGCUUCUACCUCCUUAUUCGCACCCAUGCAAUCCUUCACUCCUGCCACCGAUCUGGCCAGCGCAGUCUCCCAACAGUCAAACCCUUUUACCAUGGCCUCAAAACCCGCCCCGCAACCCUUCGCUGCUCCCCCGCUGCAGUCUACGUCCGUCGGCGCCGCGCCCACCAUCUCUCAAAAUCAACCCUUUGCCCAGGCCCUGAACGCUUCCAGCGCUUCUGGGUUCCCAGUUGCUUCACAGGGUAUCGAUUCCGAGUCAAUCCCACGAUCGGAAACUAUGCCCGCUACCCAGCCCGCCACCGAUGUCUACCCUCACCAGGUUAACGGCCUCGGUGGUCCGACAGCGACUGCACCGUUCUUACAAGACUUUAGUCUUGUGGCCGAGGCGGCUAAGCGGGCACAGAUGGGAAUUGUCAUGCGCGAUUUGGAGAGCGUGACUUUAUAA